UCCCCUUUAAUUCACCUGACGUGACCACACCUGAGUUCAACUUCCGAUAGUUUGACAACAACAGAAGAAGAAGAAGAGGAAGAGGAGGAAGAGAAUUAGAAGUGUUAGCUCUUAAACUGUGCUCUCAGGGGGCAGAACUGACCCGGUCUAUGGGACGGACAAGCUAAGACAGACAGACAGACAGAGAGACAGACAGACAGACAGACAGACAGACAGACAGACAGACAGACAGACAGACAGACAGAGAAAGAGACAGACAGACAGACAGACAGACAGACAGACAGAGAAAGAGACAGACAGACAGACAGACAGACAAAGAGACAGACAGACAGACAGACAGACAGACAGACAGACAGGCAGACAGACAGACAGACAGGUGAGGUGGACAGGCAGACAUGUCUCUGCUUGUAGACACUCAGACUCCAUCAGGACACAUGAAGACUGAUGACACAGGGGGAGAGGACGAGGGGGUGGAGUCUGCCGCCAUGGAGCCCAGCACCCUGCAGUGGCCCGGGGACAGACAGACAGGUGGACAGACAGGUAAAGGGGACAGACAGAAAGGUGGACAGACAGGUAAAGGGGACAGGAUGAGUGUGAGGUCAGACGCCUCCCUCCGUGAGGCAGCCAGCUGGACGGAGAGUGAGAGAGAGAUGAUGGUGGAGGGAGAGAGGAAGGGGGGAGGUAAAGAGGAGGAGGCGGGGCCAAAGACAUACCUGCAGGAGGAGGAGUCAACAGAGAACCACCUGCCGGAGAAAGCAGCUCAGGUGUUCAGCCCCGCGGUGACUGUCCUCAAAUCCCCCCCCUCACAAAGAGAGAGUGAAGCAUUCUGGGAGAUGGAGCCAGAGAAGAGCCCCUUCCUGCCUCCCAGAGGAGGCCCUGAGGACUACAACCAACAUGGCUACCAGUACGAGUGGCCCGAGGACACGCCCCCUAGACCAUGUAGGAGCUGCUGUCCUGGCAGAGAUGCCCUUAAAGUGGGCGUGUCCUUGAUGACAUCAGCGCUCUUCUUCCCCUUCCUGGUGUGGGGGGGUUUUAUCUUCCUGCCGUUUGACGCCCCGCUGCUCGACGGCGCCCCCGUCAGACUCGUCUACACGCUGCGAUGCUCCGUGUUCGCCGCCGUCCCCAUCAUCCUCGGUUGGCUGGUCCUGGGUGCCAGCCGGCUCAGGUCAGGUGUGUUUCGACCUCUCUACGAUGAAGAUGAGAAGGAGGCGGGGCUUCAAGAGGUCACAGUCCAUCAGCGCUUCAUUUCAGACUCCGCCUCCCUGUUCCUGAUCUACUUCCUGCAGCUGGUCGUCAUGGCAAUGUACCUGAGCCAGGAGCAGCUGAAGCUUAUCCCCCUGCUGACCAUCGUGUUCGCCUUCGGACGAUUGGUGUAUUGGGUGGCGGCGGCGUUCGGCAGCAGCGUUCGUGGUUUUGGUUUCGGCUUGUCUUUCCUGCCGAGCGUCGUCAUGAUGGUCGCCAACAUCUACUUCAUCUUCACGGUGGAGGCGUCGGGGUCGAUCUUCAGCCUCCCGCCUCCACCCGAGGAGGCGUUACCUCCACCCGGGCGGCAGAGGUUCUGGGGUUGAGAGCAGACUGAAGCUCAAAAAGUUCAGCUUCAAUAUUUCUGAUAGACUUGAUCUUAAAAAGAAAAAACUGAAGAAAAGAUAAAAAGAAAAGUAAACAGAACAAACUCUAACAUGUAUCUCUUUUUAAUACUUCCUGGUCAAUAUAUUUAGUUUACCUUCUUCCUGUUUACUUCCUGUGAACUUCCUGUUUGUUUUUUAUUUUGUUAAAUCAGUUUUAUGAUCAUGAUUUAUUUGUACGUAUAAAAAAUAUUUUAUAUCUGCAUCAUUUCAAUAAAUGAAAAUACUCUGG